UUUGCCAGGAUUCUACGGAUAGUUCGCAAGAGGCGUUGGUGAAUGACCUGCCUUUCGUGUGUUGACGUAAACCAGACGGUAUAUUUCUCUUUUUUUUUUUGGUACCGAGCGAAGAGGAAAUGCACACGGCACUCGAGUGAGGGGACCAGAAGUAAGGGGACAAUGCGAGUCCAAGUACACACCAAGUUCUGUUUCCUGUGUGUGCUCACCUUCCUCUUCCAUCAGUGCAACCACUGCCAUGGAGACGGGCACAACCAUCAGCACGGCGGACAUCACCAUACCAAUCACAGCCACGCCCACAGCGACCUGCAGAUUUCCGAAGCUCCAUACGUGAAAGGACCCACUUUGUCCCCGGAACCUGUAAGUCACGAAGGGUACUCUCUAGAGGAGGAGCAGCGCUUCUACAUCCAGCAGCUGUUCAGGCGCUACGGCCAGAAAGAUAGGCUUGAUUUCCAGGGAUUUCAGAGUCUGCUGUUUAGCUUGGGCUUGGGUGAAGUGAAGGUGGUAGAUGUAGAUCACGAGGACCUAGGCCACGACCACGUAGCACACCUCGACCUGGUGGAUGUGCAGGACGGGCUUCACUCCCAUUCAUCCACCAAUGACGGCCAUAGCCAGGGUCACGGGCAUGGGCACGGGCACGAUCAUCCGCACCACAAGACCGGCUCCCGCCAUCCGCUCACAGACCAACAUCCGACAAAGUGCAACCAGCAGACCACUGCUGCCAGUCCGGCUGCUGGUGCACCUACAGGACGUGAUCACCGUCAUGGGCAUGAUGCAGAACAUAAUCAUGAUCACACCAAGGUAGAGGAUAGUGACCAUAAACACUCUGAUGGACGUGUGCAGGACACACAUGAUCACGCACAUAACAAGGAGCACAAACAUGGGCAGGUACAGGUGGACUCUAACCAGAAGGACCUGUCUUCUCAACCUCACAGUGACCAUGGGCACAGUGACCACGACCACAGUGACCACGAUCACGGCCACGGUGACCACGACCACGGCCACAGUGACCACGACCACAGUGACCACGACCACAGUGACCACGACCACAGUGACCACGACCACAGUGACCACGAUCACGGCCACAGUGACCACGACCACAGUGACCACGACCACAGCGAUCACGGCCACAGUGACCACGACCACAGCGAUCACGGCCACAGCGAUCAUGAACACGACCACAGCGAUAUUGUCCCCGAAGUGCAGACAGGCCCAGCCAUUCCUCCCCUCGGCCAGGAGCAGCCGUCCCCAGUCCCUCAAGUGCCACACUCCACUCCUGCCACCACAGGAGGUCGGCCCAAGAAGCCGGGAAAGCCAGCCAGGGUCAGAGGACAGCGAGGGCGGAACAAAACUUCUUCUCCUCUCACGCCUCAGCCUAAUGACCAAGACCAUCAGUCUGAACACAGUCAUGGCCAUGAUCACAGUCACGGUCACAUCCAUCCUCAUAAAGAUAAGCGGGAGGCACCAGGAGGGCAUGCCGUCCCCACUUCGCCAGUCCCGGUCUUGUCUGGCCACCCAGAAGGAGUGGCUCACCAACAUGAGGAGUGUUUGAACCUGACUCAGCUCCUCGCCUUCUACGGCCUCAGUCCCGAUUCGCUCAUCUCGCCCAGCCAGUUCACCUACCUGUGUCCUGCCCUGCUUUACCAGAUAGACAGUCGUGUCUGCAUCCGCCAUUAUCACCAGAUGGAUGUGGAGCAGAAAGCCUUGGAGCCCGUCAGUUCCGUGUGGGUGUGGCUGUGGGGGUUUGUGUCCAUCACCAUCAUCAGCCUGCUAUCUCUGCUGGGCGUGGUGCUCGUACCCAUCCUCAAACAAUCCUGCUUCAAGUUCCUGCUCACCUUCCUGGUGGCGCUGGCCGUGGGCACGCUCAGUGGCGACGCUCUCCUUCACCUGCUGCCUCACUCCCAGGGACAGCACGACCACAGCGAGCCUGCGACGAGUCACGACACAGCCUUUGAUGUAACAGCCUUUGAUGGAGUGUGGAAGGGCCUAACGGCUCUAGCCGGCAUCUACCUCCUCUUCAUCAUCGAACACUGUAUCGGCAUGUUUCAGCAUUACAAAGACCACAGGGGCAUGAAGAAGGGGAGCGAGGAGGGCAAGAUUGGCAGGAAGUUGUCCGACCACAAGUUAAAUCGGCGCUCAGAUGCAGAGUGGCUGCACUUGAAGCCGCUCAGUGAAGACCCCGACAGCACCGCCGUCUCCUGCGACAACGGUCACAACGACACGCAGCUCACGGAGCUCCAGACGCCCGACUCUCCCACCAACAAGACGCCUCUGGCACCCACAGUCCCCCAACAAGAGUCACCCUCUAAGGAGAACGGACGCAAGACCAAGAAGCACGGACACUCGCACGGCCACGGCCACUCUCACGGUGGGAACUGCCACUCGGACCAGGAGAUGAAGGACGCCGGUAUAGCCAGCAUCGCCUGGAUGGUCAUCAUGGGCGAUGGCAUGCAUAACUUCAGCGACGGCCUGGCUAUUGGCGCAGCAUUCAGUGCAAACCUGACAGGAGGCAUCAGUACAUCAGUGGCUGUUUUCUGCCAUGAACUGCCUCAUGAACUUGGUGACUUUGCGGUGCUGCUGAAAGCGGGGAUGUCAGUGAAGCAGGCCAUUGCCUACAAUCUGCUGUCCGCCCUCAUGGCCUACGUUGGCAUGGUGAUUGGCACAGCUGUGGGCCAGUACACACACAAUGUCACCAGCUGGAUCUUCGCCAUCACGGCUGGCAUGUUCCUUUAUGUGGCUCUGGUGGAUAUGCUGCCAGAAAUGCUUCACGGGGACAGUGAGGACCACAAGCGCUGCCAGCUGGGACACUUUAUCCUACAGAACCUGGGCCUGCUGACCGGGUUCGGCAUCAUGCUGCUCAUCGCCAUCUUCGAAGACCGCAUCGUUUUCGAUUUUGGCUUUUAGUCGAGACGUAGAGAAGGGGGUGCUGGGAAACGAAAGGGGGGGAUGUGGAUGUAUCAAUAUUGUUCUUCUUGGCCUUAACACGCUUUGUUUGCAACGUAACGGCCCAGUCUUGCAUGCAAUGUGGGUCCCGUUCACAGCCAGUGCCACCAUUCCAAAACAUGCAGCGGUAGUUUAUGCAUAUCUCAUGACUCUGCCAGUGAUGUUUACACUCCGCUCCUCCAUUACCUCUGUCAGCUCCAAUCUGUCUGUUCCCUGUGAAGAAAAAAAAAAUGAGAAGAAGAGCGAGGCUCCACAGAGGACACCUCCUCUGCUUUGAACCAGUAACCUCCAUCUUAAAAGAGAGCUGUAGACAGUAGGGUGGCACAGGAAGGAAGCGCGCGCCUUUCUGCAGAGAGGCAGCAGUCACGGCCCAGCAGCUCACCGCCUAUGCAUCCAUCACCUGUUGUUAAGUGUGUUGUUGCCGUACAUCCCCCCCCCUCCCCCUCACUUCUCUUAUCCACCCUGUGCUGUGUCCCAUCAUCCUUGCCUUGUACAUCUGUGGUGUGUGUUCCACCCCGCCAUCCAUCUGAUGCCAUCACGCUGUGUAUCAAACAUCUCGUGUCUGUCUGUGCCGAGCCCUGGCCACUGGAGCAGCACCGCAGCAGUGGCGGAGCGCUCAGUUUAGCUUGCUACUACAUCUGUGAUAAACCCUUUAGCUCAUGUUGCCUCGCCUUCAAUAUGCUACGACAAGCUAUAAGCUGCAGGGUCAAAAUAGAAAAAAGCGUUGCCCGGCUUUCCAUAGUCGAUCAUUGAAACGGCUCAGUGUUGUUGUUUUUUUUUUGCUGCAGCUUUUCUCGAUUUAUCACAUCCGAGUUAUGUUUCAUUGUCUAUUAGAUCUUCGGGAUUAUUAAACCUUUGUAGUUCAUAGUUCUAGCUAACACAGCUGCCAAAGCCUUUGCAAAUUAGCCUUUAAGAUUUUAAUGUUUUUGUUUAGAGACUAGAUGAUUAAUAAGGGUUUGACAAUCUGUAGCCAGAAGAGACCUAUCGUCGUCAGGCCUUUACAUUAAACCUUUUCUUUUUUUUUUUAUUGGAAUCCGCAGCUUCAAAAAUGUGAAAUCAGAAACAAAGAACGAGCUGUUCUCGUCUUCAAUCCAAGUGUUGUAGUGUACGAGAUUUAUUUAGGGUGCCUCUUUUGAGUUCCUAAAAGGUGCUUUUGUCCUGUAGUGGACAUUUCAUUACAGCAGGAGGGUGAGUCGUCACACUAAUGCAGAUUCUUUCUGAUGUACUGUAAAUACAUGAAGUAUUGAUAGCGUCAGUAGUGCAGCAGCUAAAAGCUGAUUCUUGUUGCUGCUAAAAUAAAAGUUUUAAAAAGUACUUCUGUUAAGGAAUUCACUUCCUGACAAUCUGAGAGACCAAUCAAAAGACAGUGCUCUUGUAUCACAGCAGAACAAUAUACUGUGUGACAGCAUUCCCCGCACUUGUAAUGGAUGUUUACCAGAGUUAUAAAACCGUAGGACAACAAGACCUUUGAUAUGUUUCUAAGGGUGUAACAUUAUAGUCACUUUGCUGACUGUGCCCAAAUGUGGAUUUUCAAUGGUUGGUGCUUGACACUUCGACACCCCCCCCCAUGCAUUCCAUUGGCUGUCCCGCGGCUCACAUGCUAAGCUAGUUAGCAUAGCAUCAGCUGCUGGAGCACACAAAUAAUGUGUGUGGCUUCAUUUAUCCUGUCACUGUGUGACAUCCAUCAUAUAUGUCUCAACUGGCUGUAAAUCAUCGUCAGUCACAUUGGGCUCGUGAUAUUGAUCGGACUGAAUCAUGCAUGAAGCAUGAGUGAAACGGUACAGACAUUGUGUUGAGUGUAAAUUUGUUUUCGUUCUUUGUUCUGAAAAGUUAAACUAUUGACAACCUUUGUUACUUUUUCAAAUGAACUGUGGGAAGAUCAUGAGAAAUUCUUUGGGGUGUAGUUUAAGUGGUAUUGUGAGCCUUGUUUUUUUUUAUACAGGUGCAGGACGCAUAACUUUUCUGCAUCACUUCUAUCUUUUUACAGACGUUUUAUUUAAUCUUAUGUUCAACACGACUCAAAUGUAUUUUCAUUCUGUUUUAGCACCAAGUAAAGUUAAUAAUUUUCUGUUUUUUAAAAUAUGAGUUUAUUUGACAUGUAGUCAGUUGUUUGCUACAAUAUGAAUUUUGAUUGUGUUUUUUGUAUUUUAAAAGAUUAGGAAUCUUUUUUUGAAACAUUAUUUCUCUUUUGAGUUCCUGUAUUGCCUGUAUAAUUAAAAUCUAAACUAAGUGUGCCUGCCCGUAGAAACACAAUGCCCCAAAGAAUAAGAUUCUUCACUUCUUAUUUGGCAAAGAACUGUCUGUAAAAUGAAGGUCUAUGAUUGUUCUCAUUUUUGCUUUGUUGUAUGUAUGUUUGUUUAGUAUGCUGGAUAUAAAAUGCAAAGUGUGACAUCCUUGCUGUUUGCCUGUCUGUGCAUUCUCCCCAUUACAGAAGGAAAAUAAACGCUGAAAAGAUC